AUGCAACAGCUUCCGAAGCAGUCCACGUCAGCGACGUUUACCUACUGUUUCCCGCAGUCGGCGCUUAUGAAGAUGAUGGCGAUCCGGAUUGCGUCACAGGCCAAGGGUAUUAACCUCAAUCUCCGUGUCGCGAGGAUCGUAUCCGAGAGCUCGGAGAUCUUCUGGCACUCGAGCGUGGAAAGGGUUUCCUUGCUUUUUGCACAGGACGAAGCCAGUCCAGCGGAUGUUUCCGCCAUGAAAGGCACAUCGCCUCUUGGGUACGGGCAGAUCGAUGUUUGCAAACUGCUCCUGCACGAGGGCGCGGAUCCAUAUGCGGAGGGAGAGGAAAUGCAAGUGCAACCUAUCAAUCAAUCACGAGAGACAAAGGCCAUCCAUCACAUGUUGACCCGUGUCAUAAGCCCCCCUCGACGAGGCCUGGGAACGCAUCCUAAGCGGGCAAGACAGCCACCACAAACAAGCUCCGCGAGCUGUUCUCCCAAGACAGCGAGACCUACUCGAAAGCAAGUCCUUCAGCCUAAUCCACCGGAUCGUGUUCAGACCCAUCUACAUGCCAUGCCCCUGGACAUCGUCCUCGGCAUUUUUCGUAGUGAUAUCAACAAGAUCGACGCGGCCAACCUGGCGCAGCUGGUCCGCGCCAGGGCGUACUGGUUCGGGAUGGCGCGGACUGCGCCGCGAGGCUUCACGAUGGCUCGACGGUGCUGCAUUUGGCUGCGGCGCAUGCUGGUGUCGACGGCAUGGGGUUGUUGGCGGAAGGGGACCUGA